AUGGGACCAAGGUUAUCAUUAUUAGCUCCUUCAGCUCCUACCAUUGGUAUUUCAUCAUAUGUUGAUAUUCUAGAGAAUGUUCAAUAUAUAGAAUUGAUCAAUAAUUCUCGAUUCUUGAAGACCAUUAAAGCCAUUGAUUUAAAUAAUGGAGAUGCAAUUAUAAUCAAGAUACUAAUUAAACCUAAUAGUAUAAAUGGUUAUAAUAUCAAUCUUCAGAAUAUUACUGAGCUUAUGGUAAAGGAAGCAACGUUAUUAUCACAAUAUAAUUUUGUUCUACCGUUUGAAAACUUCAUUGAGACUGAAAGAGCUGGUUAUCUUAUACGACAGUCAAUCAAAAUUAACUUAUAUGAUAGGUUAUCCAUUAGACCUUUCCUAGAACCAAUUGAGAAGAAGUUUAUUGUUUAUCAGCUCCUUAAGAUACUUGAUACCCUUCACAAUGAAUUGAAGAUUUAUCAUGGGGAUUUGAAAUUAGAAAAUUUGAUGGUUUCUUCAUCUAAUUGGAUUAUGUUAACUGAUUUCAGUAAUUUCUCCAAACCCAUAUAUAUACCUGAAGAUAACCCAAAUCAAUUUUCAUUUUACUUUGAUACCAGUGAUAGGAGAGUUUGUAACUUAGCUCCCGAGAGAUUUUAUAAUUCUUCUGAAGGAUUAAGUUAUCCUAAGAGUGAGAAUUUUGAUGAUAAUGGGAAUUUCAAUGGAAUUAACCAAUUGACCGAUUCCAUGGAUUUAUUUAGUUUGGGAUGUAUCAUAGGUGAAUUGUAUCUGGAUGGUGAGCCUUUAUUUACGUUAUCUGCGUUAUUCAAGUAUAUGAAGAAUGAAUAUUUACCUGAUUUAUCAGGUAUUGAUAAUAUGUAUAUCAAAGAAAUUAUCAUGAAAUUGAUCCUGUUUGAUCCUCAAGAAAGAAUCAAGUCCAAUGAAAUCCUUAAUAAUUAUAAGAACGUUCUUUUCCCCAAUUCCUUUUAUACAUUUUUGUAUGAUUUCAUUAAAACAUUGAAUAGUAGGACACUUUUCCAAGUCAAAAAUGAUAAACAUGUCACUUCUUCCGAUUUAAGAAUUGAUUAUAUCUAUCUGAAAUUUGACAAGAUCAUCACAGGAUUAGAUUUUCAAGAAGAAUUUGGUGAUAAAGUUGGACUUUAUUUAAAUUUACCAGGAAUGCCUAAGAAUUAUCAAAUCAGGAGAAGUUCUUCCAGUCAAAAGACUGACGAUCUGAGUUUGAUCAUUCUAAAUUUCAUCUUUUCCUUGAUAAGCACCUUGAAACAACCGUCAUCCAAGAUUAAAGCUUGUGAAUUGAUUGUAGCUUUAUCAGGAAGAAUUAAUGAUGAAUGUAAACUUGAUAGAUCAUUACCUUACUUGUGUACAUUGAUAGAUGAGUUUAUUACUAGUACCAGUAGAAGAUUCCAAGAAGAGACUGAUGAAACAGAAGAAGCAGAUAGUUUCUCAUCAAGAGUGGUAGUAGUAGCUUUGGACUCUAUUGUCACAUUACUCGAUUCAUGUUCAUAUAUAACCCCUUUAAAUGUUUUGAUGUUUCCUGAAUAUUUGAUUCCCAAAUUAUCGAAAUUGGUCAAUGCAGAAUCUGUUAAACGAGGUAGGGAGUUGGUCAAGAUUAAAGUUGCUUCUGUAUUACCCAAGUUGGCUCAAAUAUCUCAUCGAUUCUGGAUGAUGUCUAAAAAUUUCAAGAACAAACAACUGUUGAAUGACAAAAAUAACUUCAACAUACCUUUGGAAUCUAUGUUUAAUGAUUUUGAGGAUUUAACCAUCAGUUUGUUAACCGAUUCCAACCCAAACAUCAAAUGUAGUUUGGUUCAAAACAUUGAACCUCUCUGUAGAUUUUUCGGGAUUGAAAAGACUAAUGAUAUCAUCCUCCCCCAUUUAAUAACAUACCUUAAUGAUGUCAAUAACGAAUUAAAACUCGGAUUUUUGAAUUCUAUCUUGAAAAUAGGACCAUUCAUGGGAAUUUUAUCAUUCGAACAAUAUUUAUUACCACUUUUGAUCCAAACCUUGAGUGAUUCCGAACAAUUAGUGGUAUUGAAAGUCUUGGAAAUCUUUGUGGAGUUUGUCAAGACUAAACUUAUCAACCCAAUAUCAGAAUUUAAUGCUUUAAGCAUUUACAAAGAGUUACUUAGUAAUACCGUUCAUUUAUUUUUACAUCCCAAUGAAUGGAUUCGUCAGUCAGUAUUAUGUUUGGUACUAGCCAUCAAUGGGAACUUAUCAAAUGCCGAUAGAUUCUGUUUCCUUUAUCCUCAAUUCAAGAAAUAUUUAUCAUAUGAUAUUUCUGAAAUCAGUUGGGAUAAUUUGUAUCCAUGUUUAACCAGACCUUUAUCAAAGGUUGUAUUCCAACUACUUAUUACUUGGUGUAGUCAAAAUUCAGAUAAAUCGAUCUUCUGGAAACAACAAAAUUUCAUAAUGAGCCCCAAGAAAUUAACCAAUUUCACCAAAGAUUUGGGCAAAUCUGUGUUCAUAUCAAAAUACAGUGAUCCAUCAUCUAUGACAAUGAACAACUCAUCUAAUUUACCUUUGAGUCAUGAUGAUAAGCAAUGGUUAUUGAAGUUGAAAGCUGUGGGACUCGAAGAUAAAGAUUCAUGGAAGAUUUAUAAUUUAAGAGAUUACAUAGUACAACUCACAAGAGGAUUUAUCAAAGAAAUAGAGGGAUCUUUAGAUGAUAUCAAAGUAGAUGUAACACCAAGGAAUAUUUUCUUUGAAAUUCAUUACAAAUCUGAAAACAUUGCCACCGCUGCUAGAGGUUUGGAAACAAACAUCGAACAAGAAAUGGAUGCUGAAUCCAUAGCCAACAUUUUGAGUCACAAUGAUCAAAACGGUUCAAAUGGACAUGACAAAAUUCAAUUCAAAAGUGAAAGAAGUGGAUCCAAUUCUUUGAUACUUCCUAAUAUCACCAAGAUCAGUGCUUCUAUCCAGACGGUAGAAGAAACAGUUUUUGGGGAAUUAGAUAAUGACCCUCAUAAACAUCAUAAUCAUGAUAAUGUUUCUGGAUCUGGAUAUAACCACAAAGUGAUCAGUAGCGCCAAUGGUAAAGUCAUUAUUUCUAACUCCAAGUAUAGUUACAAUGGGUCAAAUCCUUAUAUUCUACAAUAUCUUGAAAAAGUUGAUUUUGAUUUAUCAUUGGAUUCAUUUAGGGAAUUUGGCAGACCAGUGAAGUUUCAUACCUCGAAAACCAGUGAUUGGGUUCCAACAAAUACUUGCAUUUCUAGAAUCAACACUAAUACUACAGGUGAUGAUCAAAUUGAUAGUUUAAAUUGUUUAGCUGUGAACCCAUCAUCAGAAUUCUUCAUCACGGGGUCUGAUUCUGGAGCUAUUAAGAUUUGGGACACUAGUAGAUUGGAGAAGAACAUUAUGUUCAAACAUCCCAGUCUUGUCACUCAUCUCAAGUCACCUAUUGAAAAAAUCGUAUUCAUGAAGAAUAGAAAUGUCUUUGCUGUUAGUUGUAAAAAUGGGAAGAUCUAUCUUUUUCGAGUUGAUUUCACUAGAGGUAAGAAUAAGAGGAUUGUCAAAUAUUUAAGAUUACAAAUCAUAAGAAAAUAUCAAUUGACGGAUGAAUUUGCAACCUCCAUCAGUUUCCAUAUUGAUGAAUCAAAGACUUGGUUGAUUUGUACUACCACUAGAUCUAAAAUUAUUGCCUUCAAUAUUAUCACUAUGGAGUGUGAUUUUAUCUUACAAAAUCCUUUAAUCAAUGGAAUUCCUACCAGUUUAAUCAUCGAUCAUCGGGGAUGGUUGAUUGUUGGAACAAACAAAGGAAGGUUGAGUUUAUGGGACACAAGAUUCUCAAUAAUCAUUAAGACUUGGAAGAUUGUUUCCAAUGAUGGAAUCAAAUCUAACUGUAUCAACCAAUUAGUACUUUUACCUCCAGAUUAUAAAUUAUCAGAUAAUAAUUCCACCAUUUCCUACUUUGCCGUUAUCUGUAAUAAUAUGCCUGAUAUCACUAUUUGGGAAUUACCCAAUCUUGAAUGUCGAGAAAUAUUAUGUCAUCAUGAUUCCAACCCAAAAAUCAAACAAUAUUCCAUUGAAUACUGUAGAAAUGAGUUAGAUGAUAUACUAAAAGAAUUGAAUCUUGACUUAGAAUCAGAUUUCACUAAAUCGGAAAAAACAGACAGUCAAGUAAAUAAUUCAAUUCUUCUUUUCAAACACAUAAGUGGCAAUUAUUUAAUAAACUCCUUUGAGAAUAGGGUAAUUCUUUGGAAAAUAGACGAAUUAGAGAAUUCCAUUUCUAAAAAUUUUUCCUUUAGUAGAAUUCUACUUAACCAAAGAUUAGGAUUAACCAGUGAAAAAUUGAAAACUCCCUUUAAAAACAAUGAAAAUUCUUUAGUCAACGAUAUUGCCAUUGUAUCCGUGCCUUACGAAAUGGUCAUUACUGUUGAUAAAAGUGGUUUCAUUAACAUAUUUACUUAA